AUGUCCGAGCAGAACUACCGCGAGCAGGUGCGGCGAGAUGUCGAACGCACGGGCCUAAAGAAGGAACAAAAGGAGUGUGUGAUUCAGCGUAUUUGCAACGUGCUUGACCACGUACCAGAACUGCAUUACUACCAAGGAUUCCAUGACGUAGCUGUGCACUGUGCGUCCGAGGAUGAUCUAGAGGAUCUGGCUCUAUUGUGUCUGCGCGACUUUAUGACUCCCGAAAUCGAGCCUACGCUAGCAGUACUUGCGCUACUCCCUGAAUUGAUCUCUAUCGCGGAUAGCAGGCUCGAUGCAAUCAUGAGGACCGUCCCAGAGCCCCAUUUUGCCCUAGCUCCUCUUCUCACAUUGUUUGGCCACAAUACGGAAAGCAAUGCAAUGUUGGAGAGUGUGCAAUUAAAAGUUGAGCAGUACGGACUCGGCUAUGCACUAUAUUUAUACACUGCGGUGAUGAUGUACCGGCGAGACGAGAUCGUCGAGCAGGCGACUGGUGAACCUCCAGAAGUGGUUCAUUCUAUACUCAGUAAAGCAGGCAACUCACUGGAUGGGAUCGACCCUGAUUUGCUCUUCAAGUCUGCCGAUACGCUGCGUAUCAGGAUCCCGCUGUCUAGAUUGCCGUCAUACCGAAAGCUUUCGCGCCAUUCAGCAGUGAAAACAGGCUCUCUUAUUCCUAGCGAGCAGGCUCGCCGUGACUUGAUUGAGCUUUCGCGCCCUCCAUCCGAUGGCCGACGACGCAGGAUCGCCGUGGCGGUCGUAGUCGUGGUUGUUGGCUUUCUGCUCCAGCGGGCCCGUUAUCCUUAG